AUGUUAUCCUAUACUCGUACUCGUAGUUUCGGCUACCGGUAUCCGUGUCCGAGUAAACUUUUCAUGCAGCGCCUAUCGAAUGGUAAUAGCUACCUAGAUGAUCAAAUGAAAAACAAUUUUGGCACAGAUGAUUUGAAUCUGCGGAUGUUGCGAGGUGCUCCUACACAAACUUCUCUGCUGGACAAGCUCCCUCUAGUAUGA